CAAAGCUCCCCCCAUUUGUCAUUUGUUUUUAUUUGGAAGCGUGCGGUGCUGUUGCUUACUUUCGAUAGGAACUGUUCUUGUUUGUUGUCGUGGUUGAGUUGGUGUGGUGGUAGUCGCGUUCUACCACAUUCUUCUCACCAUGUCACUGAAACAUGUUAUUGGUCGCGGCUUGGCGAUCGGCCGCACGGCCUUGCACCGGGCCGUUUUUAACCCGGUGUUACGCACUGCUGCGCAACUGCGCAACCUUCGCCCAAGACAGGCCUCCUACUCGAAUAGUUCGCUACUCCCGUCUCGAUAUCGUUACUUUAGGGUGUCGCUCAGUGGCCUGGCCGCACAGUUGCAGCGACAUCUAUUCCGUACAGCUAGCGGCACGGGUUCACCAAGGAACAGGGCUGUCUUCCUAGCUUUUGGGCUCGGGAUGGGACUAAUUGAGCAGCAGCUAGAGGAGGACAGGAACAGCAGUGCUGCCUGCAAGGAGAUCCAGGCACUUUUCCAUAAAAAAAUGAAGAAAUAUGAAAAUCCAUUCAAGUCUUUUUCUGCGGGUUACAAGUUGGAAGAUUACCUUAUUGGUCAAGAGAUUGGGAAGGGCUGCAAUGCAGCAGUAUAUGAAGCAGCCCCUGCGAACAAAGACUACACAUUUGCUAACAUAUACUCCUCAGAAAAACAAAACACUAGUGCAGAAAAAAGUGAAAAGGACUUGGUACCAGUGAAGUUCUCUUCUGGUUCAAUUUUUCCUUUAGCUGUGAAGAUGAUGUGGAACAUUGGGGAAGACUCAUCCUGUGAAUCCAUUCUGAAAAUGAUGGGAAAGGAAUUGGUUCCUGCAAGCCCACAUGCCAUGAGUGCUGACAAAAGGACAGUUACUCUUAAAGGGCACUUUGGCUACAAGACAAAAAAACUGGAACCUCAUCCAAAUGUAAUAAAGAUUUUCCGAGCCUUUACAGCAGAUGUACCCCUUUUGCCUGAUGCUUGGGAGAGUUAUCCUGACAUGCUUCCCACAAGAUUGAAUCCUACAGGCAUCGGCCAUAACCGCACUCUCUUCUUGGUAAUGAAGAAAUAUCCUCGUACUUUACGACAGUAUUUGGAUGAAACUAUUCCUCCACAUAGGGAAGGUGUUCAGAUGAUUCUGCAGCUUCUGGAAGGAGUGGAUCAUCUUUACAAACAAGGGAUUGCUCACCGGGACCUGAAGUCCAAUAAUAUCUUAAUGGAAUAUGAUUCAGUUGGCUCCAUUCGUUUGGUAAUCACUGAUUUUGGUUGCUGUCUGGCUGAGAGUUACUGGGGUUUAAAGCUGCCAUUUAACAGUACCUGUGUUGACCGUGGUGGUAACAUGUCCCUCAUGGCUCCUGAAGUUGUAUCAGCAGUUCCUGGACCAUGUACCUUUAUUGAUUAUUCAAAAGCAGAUGUAUGGGCUGUAGGUGCCAUUGCUUAUGAAAUAUUUGGACGGCCAAAUCCAUUUUACAAAACAGGCUUGGAAAGUCGGACCUACCAUGAGAGAGAACUACCUGCACUGCCUCAACAGAUGCCUCCUGCAGUGCAGCUUCUUGUGAAGCUGCUGUUGCGCAGGGACCCACAUAAGAGACCAAGUGCCAGAACUGCUGCCAAUAUGCUUCAUAUUUACUACUGGAAUGAAAAGCGAUCCUUUCUCAAUCCAGCCAUCAUGAACAAGACUGUUGACUGGCUUCUGUGUCAGUGUGCCACUGCCAUACUCCAGAGUAGAGGCUACAGAGGAAACACCGUAGAAGUGGAACUACUGAGUUGCUUUCUUUCAAAUAUCGACAUGGCAGAAUUCCAAACAGGGAUAGCUUAUUUAGAGUUCUGUGGACAAAAAAUAAAAUGAACUCCUUUAAAUAAAUGUGUGGCCUGUAGGCUGAAUAGGCACUUUAACGUGUUUUACUGUUGCUUGUAAGAAACCAGGUUUCUUUUUUUUGUUGGUAUUAUUUUUCUAAACCAACUUUUACAACACUAAAGUUGAAGGUGUCAAAGGAAUUUGAGAGAUUCUAGCAGAAAAUGCUCUUCCUUGGUUUCACUUUACAAAUUAAUUUUAUUGAAAUUGGAGAAAAUGGCACUUUUUUUUAGCGAAGUCGUAUUUUGGAAAAACUCAUUUUAGUCAAGAAAAGUUUUUUUUUUCUUGUUGACAACACUUUGCUUACAUAGAGUAUAUUUUACUAAAAUGUAAAUUUUAUCCUAAGGAAAUAUUUUGCUGUUUUAUGUUUUGUUAUAAACAUUAAAAGAGGACUGGUAUGUAGAA